AUGGUUCUCCUUACCAUGACUCCGACUAUAGUCGAAGCAUUAAAAAUCCUCCAUGAAUUCGAAAAUACCCAUUCUCAUGACGAGCCAACACAGCUGCCUAGUGAACAGCAACUGGAGAGAGAAAUUGGAGAAGACAAUCCGAAAACCUUCUCGGAAAACAAAGUCCAACUGAACACAGAAGACAACGAGACAGAUGCAGAUAUAACUGAAGAGCAUACACAGACUGGAUUGCUGGUCCAGCAGGAUGUGUCCACGGCGAGUUUGGAAGACGCAAACCUGGCAGAAAAUGCAAAGGUGUCACAGGAACCGCUGUUAGAAAAUCCUAAAAUCGGUAAUCCCAUAUCUCAUGGUCAAGCCAUUGAUCUAUCUCGAAAUUUAAAGAAACAUAACCUUUCACCGCUCACUUUGGAGCUCUUGCUUCGAGGCUCUCGUGUCUAUGUUUCACCUCCUGUACCAAAGGCGGAGCCUACGUCGGAAUACAAAGCUCUAAUGGCAAGACUUCGACGCGAAGAAGAAGCUCGAGCAUAUGAUCGAAUGACAAAUCCUCCGCCUCCCAUGGAAACAUUUGCACAAAGAUUCCCGUCUACAUCUGCCGCUCAUGCUUUCACUGCCAACUUUCCAGAUGUAGGAAACACCGAGGAUGACGACGUUACAUAUGCGGACAUCGAUCGACAAAUUGCUGUUAUAUUUAAUGUCAUUGUAUCUAUUAUUGCUUGUGCAUUUGGGUUAUGGAUGGCUGCAAGAUGGUGGAGCACACCUGCCCGAUUAGCUUUGAGUAUGAGUGGUAGUCUCCUGGUUGGCAUUGCCGAGGUGGUAGUUUACAUGGGCUACAUCAGACGAGUUGGAGAAGCCAAAGGGCAAGCGAAGAAGCUGCAGGAGGUCAAGGAGGUAAUGAAGACAUGGGUAGUUGGUGGCGAUGCAAUGGAUGAACGAACUGAGCCUGUCAUAAUUGGCGAAAAAGAUGUCAUCGAAGAUGCAAAGCCACGCAGGAGAAAGAACGUUUGA